UUUAAAAAGGUUUGGAACUGCGGUGGCCGCAAGCUGCACGCAAACCCUUUUUAAGUGGUUUUAUUGCAGCUUACUUGCUUCACCCGCAGAAAGGGAGGUGCCUGCUGUAAACACCAGGAUAAGUUGGUGUCAUGCUGCUCUGUAGCAUGUGACGGCUGGGCUCCCGGGAGUGUUCUAUCCUGUUUCUGAUCUCGCAGUUCAGCGCUUCCAGCUAAUGUUCUCUUCCAUUUCUUUUCGUUCUUGACUCACAGCUGGGAAUCAAACUAAACAAAAUACAGGUUCCGAACAGGAAGCAAAUUUCUUGCAAAAAGUCAAGUAAAUAGCUAGACGAGAAAGUGCAGUCUCUGGGUUAUCUCCCAGGUAUCAUGAGCGGUUUGCUCUGAAAGUUGGUGUGCUGCAAUGAUUCUGCUGGUUCUGUGCAGCUGGGGUAGGAGCAAACUGAGCACAUAAACCCUCCUCCCUGUGCCGAGGUACUGUUCCUGAAAACAAGACAAAAAAUGGUUUAUACAGUGAAUGAAGCUUAAAUUCCUGGACCAAAAACUGAGGGGUUUUUAUAUGAAGGAUGGCAACACCAUAUGUUCCUGUUCCUAUUCCUAUUGGAAGUUCAUCAUCCAGCUUUACAAACAGAAACCAAAGAAGUUCUUCCUUUGGGAGCAUCUCAACGAGUUCAAGCUCCUCAAAAGGACAGCUGGAGGACUCUACAGUUGAUAGUUUUAAAAAGAUGAGCAUGCCUGACCAGAUUGGUUCCACAUCAUCUGCAUGUAGCAGUCCACUUGUUAGGACUAAGUUUACAGGUCUGGAUACAUCCAUAGAAUACUGUGCUCAGCCUGUAGAAGAAAUAGAGCAGAAUGCAGAUUCCAGGAGCUGGGAAGAUCGACCAUCCACACCUACUAUUCUGGGCUAUGAGGUGAUGGAGGAAAGGGCAAAAUUCACUGUAUACAAAAUACUGGUAAAGAGAAGUCCAGAGGAAAGCUGGGUAGUUUUCAGACGGUACACAGAUUUCUCCAGGCUUAAUGACAAGCUAAAAGAUAUGUUUCCAGGCUUUCGGUUGGCCCUUCCACCAAAGCGCUGGUUCAAGGAUAAUUACAAUCCUGACUUCUUGGAAGAUCGACAGCUGGGGCUGCAGGCAUUCCUCCAGAACCUAGUAGCUCACAAAGAUAUUGCUAACUGCCUUGCAGUGAGAGAAUUUCUUUGUCUGGAUGAUCCUCCGGGUCCUUUUGACAGUCUAGAAGAGAGCAGGGCUUUCUGUGAAACUCUGGAGGAAACAAAUUAUCGCUUACAGAAAGAACUGCUUGAAAAACAAAGGGAGGUUGAAUCACUGAAGAAAUUAUUAACUGAAAAGCAACUUCAUAUUGAUGCUGUUGAAAGAAGAAUUAGGUUCCCUUCAGGUGUACUGGAAGGCCGCAAUAAGGUCACCCCAAAGCCUUCUGUUUUCCAGGCUGAACAAUCCCAGUUCUCCAAGCCUUUCCUUAUAGGAGAGGUGCUCCAUCCCUACAAUCAUCUUGGUGGCCCAGAGAUUGAGAGGACUGAAUUUAGUUGAGGAAUAAGCAGCUGGAGCAAAUAAACUGUUUAAAUAGCUGCCCAGUACAAGCCCUGCCAUCUCUGUACUAAUAAAAGAAAUGGGGCAUGCAGGAGUGAGACUGAAAGGUUACUUUCAGUCCUUUUGCAGAAAUUGCCGAGGUUAAAAUGAAAUAAACAGUUCUUCAGUGACAAAUGUUUGCUGUAUGGAUUGGUGGUACUCUGUUCUUAUCUGUUGUAGGGAUUUAUCUUUAGGAAAAAUGACUCGUCAAAUGUCAGGAGAAGAAAGUGAGUGCAGUGGUGAGGUGGAGUCUUCUGCAGUAGAAGCAGACCA